CCUCGAUGGAAUGAAUCAAUCAUCCGGUUCCUGGUGGACAUGUAGCCACACGGAGAGCCGCCCUCCAUCCUCCCUCCACCCAGCUAGCACUGAUGGCUGUCUGCUGGUCCAUACGCCUGCCUACAUUAACAAACCCACCUUGAACACGGAGAAACACACCGCAACACAACCCGCCUGCCUCUGUACACAUCCAUCCAUCCAUCCAGCCAUCGGUGUACAAGACAGCCAGCCACCAAUUGCAUUGCACUCCCUCCCAAACCAACAGCCAUCUCGGCUUCAACUCAACCGUCACUGGCGGCCCCCGCCACUGACGAGUCCGCCAGUGAGUUCGACGAGUUGUCUUUCCUCUGGCGUCAUGGCUUCCCACGCGGGGCUGUUGGGCGCCAGCAUGUUGCCCAAGUCCGGCUCCUCCUCCAGCUGCCGUCGACGGCCUGCACACAUGACACAUAUGACGCCCAUGGCAUGGAUGAGGGAGGCACAGCAAAGCAAACGGUUUGCUGUGCUGGUGCGUGACUGAACUGACCGAGUGCUGCGAGUCGUUUGUUGAGCGGCUUGACGACGUAUUCGCCCAGGUUGCUGCCCUGCUUCUUGAGGAAGCCCCAUAUGAGCCACAGAACCAGCACGUAGGCCGCGGGGUACAGCGCCACCCAGAACCACUGGGGACGAUACCGCUCCUGAACCAACCAACACCCACACCCAAUCACAAGCAGCACUGUGCCUGCCUGCCUGCUGGAUACCAUGGGUACUGACUGACUGACCUUGCUCUCAAAGAAUUCGAUUUUGGUCAUGUUUGGGUAUUCGAACUGGACGAGGUCGAGGUAGGCGGGGAGACUCUUGACCAUCAACCCGAACAAGUCAGACUCAGUCAGCACCAGCACCCUGCUGUUCUCCUUCAGCACCGCCCUGUGUGGGUAUCAUCACGUCAGUCACACGACCAUCGCCAGCCAGUGGAUCAGAUCAGGUGAGGUGAGGUUUGUGUAGCCACGCACCUUUCAUCGAACUUGUCUGCGAGUUUGGGGACUUCGUCGCCCAGGUGCCCCGAUAAGAGUGCAUGCCGCACAUAGGCAUGUACCUUGAUGCACUCGUAUUCGCAACUGACACACACACACACGCGCACAUACACAACAUCGACAGAUACCAUCCAUGGCAUCCAUAUUAUGAUGCACACCGGCGGGUGGGCCGACCUUUCUCCCCAAAUGGCAGCGUACAGCUUGGGCGCUUUCCGCCUGAUGUAGUCGGGUGUGUACUCCUUCUGGGCCUCCGGCUGUCACACACAUACACGCACAGACAGACAGACAGACAGACAGUCCCAGACACAAACAACAAGUGGGUGAGGUCAGACGUGUGUGCGUGUGUGUAUGUCGACUUACGGACAUCCGGGGCGUAUUGGCCAAGACCAUGCCAAGCUCCAUCUUACCCGUCACCUGCACACCACAUAUCGACACAAACACACGGCUCUGGCUGCGUGGGUGCGGUGUGUUGUGCGAAGGCCUGGCCGUGUGGAACAUGUAGAUGAUGCGUACAAUGACGCCCCGUGGGUCGUAUAGGUUGUUCUCCUGUAUGGCGAGUUGGCAGGACGCGGCCGACCUGCCCGUGCAGAAGUGGGGGAUGCUGUCCACCAUGCACUGCUGAAUCGCUGGCGUCCACCAUCCUGACCGAGCGCGUUUACGCAGACAGACAGACAGACAGACAGACAGAGGGUGAUCAAUGGCGCGCACCACAGUGUCCUGGCUGGGGACUUACCGUAUUGUUCAUUUCGGUCAAGGCACUUCUCCAGCUGGCAGACGCAAGCAAAGGCGGUGAGCCAACGACCCACGUGGAUGAUGAUCAUUCUCCAUGCUUACCGAUUCCGCCUUUCCAGCUGCCAUGAUCUCCUGAACAGACACCCACACAACAUGAACACACAUCUGCCAGGUCACAAUGCCUUGCAACGCUGCUCACCGCCUGGUUGAACGACGCCACGAGCUUGUCAUAAUCAUGGCUGUGCAGGCCCAGGAGAACCAAGUCGGGCUUCUCCGCCUCUAUCACCCGCCGCACCCCCUCGCCGUUGUUCGGGGCCUCCACGUUCUCAGGCAGCACUGACAUGAGGGUCAUCUUGACAUUGAUCCUGGAGGGCUCCUUGCCAAACGUUGCCACCCAGCUGUAGAAGGUGCGGCGACUCGACGGCAGCCGUGACGCAUCUGGCCGUAAUGGCAUCUCCCUCAGUGCUGUGUCGUGCAGAAGGCAAGGGACAGAUCUGCCGCAGCGGGAUAGGCCUCGCCGGGAUGGGCCGCAGAGGAGAUUCAUCGACAGGAGCUGACACUGCUGGCCUUCCCGUGUCAAGCAGGACAGUGUCGGAAGUGUGGAGCUUU